UUUUCAUUUUUCUUUUUUCCUUAUCUCCGCAUUUUAACCUUAUUUUUACGGAAACUGAUAUCUCUACAUUACACAUUUUCAAACUCUUUAUUCCCUUCCCCAAUAAUCAAUUUCGUUCUGUUUUUAAUUUUUCAAGUACACUCAGUUUACACUGUUAGGGUUUUCAGUUCACAUUUGUUUCUGUGGAGCAUCUAGGGUUUCUAACAUUGCUCUCUUCGUCUCAGGUUAGUUUGACAUGGAUUCUACAACACAAACGUUCCAACACCGAACUCUUCAUGUCAAAUUGUGGCCGCCUAGUCAGAGUACUAGGCUAAUGCUUGUAGAGCGGAUGACGAAAAAUCUUAUCACUCCAUCUAUUAUUUCCAGAAAGUAUGGUGUUUUGAGUAAAGAAGAGGCUGAGGAGGAUGCCAAGACAAUUGAAGAGUCAGCAUUUGCUGCUGCAGACCAACACUAUCAGAAAGAGCCAGAUGGUGAUGGAAGUUCUGCGGUGCAGGUUUACGCCAAAGAGUCCAGUAAGCUCAUGCUGGAAGUUCUUAAAAGGGGCCCUAGAAUGAAGGAGGAUGGAGAGGCAGCAGCGGCUGAGAAAAGUGCUGCUGUGCAUGCAGAUCUAUUUGAUAUAUCUGGUGGUCGACGAGCAUUUAUCAGUGCAGAGGAGGCUGAGGAUCUUUUAAAACCACUUAAGGAGCCAGGAAACACAUAUACUAAGAUCUGUUUCAGCAAUAGAAGUUUUGGAUUGGAUGCUGCUGGUGUUGCAGAGCCAAUCUUGUCAUCAAUAAGGGAUCAAUUAACAGAAGUAGAUUUAUCUGACUUUGUUGCAGGAAGGCCAGAGCCAGAAGCUCUUGAAGUCAUGAAUAUAUUUUCUUCGGCCCUGGAGGGUUGUAACUUGAGGUAUCUGAACCUUUCAAACAAUGCCUUGGGUGAAAAGGGUGUAAGGGCUUUUGGGUCACUCCUUAAAUCACAGAAUAACCUGGAGGAGCUUUAUCUGAUAAAUGAUGGUAUCUCAGAGGAAGCUGCUCGUGCAGUUUGUGAGCUAAUCCCUUCCACUGAGAAGCUCAAGGUCCUUCAGUUUCACAAUAACAUGACAGGUGAUGAAGGUGCAAUUGCUAUUGCUGACAUUGUGAAACUAUCUACUAUGUUGGAGGAUUUUCGAUGUUCUUCAACAAGGAUAGGCUCAGAUGGUGGUGUUGUAUUGGCUGGAGCACUUGGAAAAUGUAGUCAUUUGAGGAAGCUUGAUCUGCGUGACAAUAUGUUUGGAGUGGAAGCUGGACUUGCUUUGAGUAAGUCUCUUGUUGCAUUUGGAGAUCUUACUGAGGUUUACCUCAGUUAUCUAAAUUUGGAGGAUGACGGGGCAGAAGCACUUGCCAACGCUCUAAAAGAGUCUGCACCUUCACUUGAAGUUCUUGAAAUGGCUGGUAAUGAUAUUACUGCCAAAGGAGCUUCUUCUUUGGCAGACUGUAUUGCAGCAAAACAAUUUCUCAGCAAGUUAAACCUUUCUGAGAAUGAACUUAAGGAUGAAGGUGCCAUUUUGAUUGCCAAGGCAAUAGAGAGUGGUCAUGGCCAGUUAAGUGAAGUUGAUUUGAGCUCUAACUCAAUCAGAAGGGCUGGGGCAAGGCUCUUGGGACAGACUGUUGUGCUUAAGCCUGGAUUUAAAUUGCUAAAUAUAAAUGGUAAUUUUAUAUCUGAUGAAGGGAUUGAUGAGGUGAAGGAUAUAUUCAAGAAUUUGCAUGGUGUGCUAGGGCCUUUGGAUGAGAAUGAUCCAGAAGGUGAAGAUCUUGAUGAGGAGGCGAAAGAAGAGGAUGCAGAUAAUGAAGAUGAAUUGGAAUUGAAACUCAAGGGGCUUGAAAUCAAGCAUGAUGAAUAGUGAUUCCAUCAGGAGUAAUCUGCUGUCUUAGCUGUCCCUGAAAUUAAAACUUAUGCAUAGACUUCUGAUUUUUUUUUUUUGGUUGGGGGGGUUUUUUGUUUGGGGGUGGGGGCGGUGAGGGGGGGAUUAAAUGCUUGUUUCUAUGCAAUCUAAUCUAGUCCAGCUGCAUUAACCAGGUGUAGUAGAUUUAUCACUUGGUUAGUCUGAGAAAAGUGCCUUUUCCAAUUGAAAUCAGGCUACCGAGUUUAGCAGUUGUAGCUUACAGAGAUACCUGGGAACUGGGUUUAGUUUUGGGAUUUUUUCGGCAAUGUUGUAUUGCUUUAGGCGCUAUUUUGUUUUUAAUUUAUUAGCGGCUCUCAGUAUCUGGGAGUUUGACUGUCUUCAUGGCGUGCGCAUGCUCAAUAUUUUAAAUGAAAUUCGGUUAUUCAAUCCUUUUAAGACUUAAA